AUGCGGGGCGCCCUGCGAGGAGGACUGGUCCUGGGAGCAAGGUGCGAGUGGGCGCAGGACGCCUGCCUCGGAGGGGGGAGGGGCGUCGGGGAGCGCCCGGAGGAGCCAACCAUGUGUUGCUUCUCCAACUGGACUGUGGACGCAUCACCAAAUAGCAGCACCCCUGUCUGCUUUUUCUUCGCUUCGAACCUCCCAUCCUUGAAAACCUCCCUGUUCUUUGCAAGGAGACCACCAGACAACAGCCGGCAGAGGAGCGUAUCCAGCGUCCCGUGUUCCGUGGCCCCAGAAAAGUCAGUGUGUAGGCCUCAGCCACCCCAGGUCCGACGCACAUUCUCUCUGGACACCAUCCUCAGCUCCUACCUUCUGGGCCAGUGGCCACGCGAUGCUGACGGGGCCUUCACCUGCUGUACCAAUGACAAGGCCACCCAGACCCCCCUGUCUUGGCAAGAGCUAGAAGGCGAGCAGGCCCGCUCCUGUACGCACAAGCGCUCAGCAUCCUGGGGCAGCACAGACCACCGAAAAGAGAUCACCAAGUUGAAGCAGCAGCUGCAGAGGACAAAGCUGGGCCGCAGCGGGAAGGAGAAGGAGAGGGGCUCCCCGCUCCAAGGGGACCACGCGGUGCGGGGAGCGCUGAGGGCAUCCCCGCCCGGCUUCUCGGCAGGGUCCGCUGUGCUCCGACUUAGCCCCUGCCUGCACAGGAGCCUGGAAGGGCUCAACCAGGAGCUGGAGGAGGUGUUCGUGAAGGAGCAGGGAGACGAGGAGCUGCUGAGGAUCCUCGAUGUCCCAGACGGGCACCGUGCCCCCGCCCCUCCCCAGAGCAGCAGCUGCGAUCAUUCCCUCCUUCCCCCGGAGCCUGGCAACCUGGCCCGCUCUCCCUCCGUGCCCCUGGCAUCCCCCCAGCCGUCUGGCUGGGCCAGCCGCGAGGAGCACCGGGCGGCCGUCGAGGAGCUGGCAUCCGUCCCCAAUGACAAAGCCUCCCUGGAAGAGGGCAGCCCGUCGCCAGUGCUCGCCUCUGCCGCCUCCCCUCGGCCCAACCACAGUUACGUCUUCAAACGGGAGCCCCCUGAAGGCUGCGAGAGAGUGCGGGUGUUUGAAGAAGCCUCGUCCCCAGGGCCUGACCUGGCCUUCUUGACCUCCUGUCCUGACAAGAACAAAGUCCAUUUCAGCCCGACCGGCUCGGCCUUCUGCCCUGUCAGCCUGACGAAGCCCCUCUUCCCCACCAUGGGCUUCCUCUUCCGCAAUUGCCCCUCAAGCCCAGGCUCUCCCCUCCCCCCAGGCAGCCCCCGGCCACCUGCUCGGAAGGACCCAGAGGCUUCCAAGGCCUCUCCGCUGCCCUUCGAGCCGUGGCAGCGCAGCCCGCCCUCCGACGAGCCUGUGCUUUUCCAGAGCUCCCUGGUGGUCUGAGGCCUGCCCCGUGGAGACCGUGCCUUGUGGGCCCCUCCCGGAGCCGGGGCUGGAGCGGCCCUGCCCUCUCGGCCUUGAGCACUUUCCAUCGUCGUGUCAAAGCCCGGGUCCUAACGUGAGGGGCCCUGCCUUCCCCACGAGCAGCCCGCAGCUCACCGCUCACACCCGGGUCCCUGCUGCCUCCGCACUUGGAGGACAACCCACCCAGAGGUGGUGGGUCCCCCACACUGAGGUGCGGCUCCACAGGACUACCCGUGAGGCCCUGGUCCUUGUGCUGGAGCAAGCCGGCUGUGACUGAAGGAGAGGGGAUGGCCCAGAUCGCCUUCGCGGCCCCUCACACACAAGGGGAGACCAGAAGCCAGAGAUUGUCCUUAGCCCCACCCCUGUGGCUCCCUCGAGUUGGUGGGAUGACCAAAGUAGCCCUGAAGGGCCCUGACACUUGACCAGUGUGGCUGCUGGCGGGGGUGCCAGUGUCAUUUUUCAUCUCGCUCUCCCCGACUGAAGCUUGUCUGAGCAGCAGGCCGGCCUGCCCAGCCCCAGGUGGGGAGUGGGGUGCAGGGAGAUGGAGAGCGGGUGUUCCUCUGGGUGGCAAGGGACCACUCUGCACCCUCCACCUGCCCCAGGUCUGGGUAGGAUUAGGGGGGGGGAAAAGCCUAUUUUUCUUGUAUUGAUGUAGAAACUAUUUUCUCCCAAAGACACUAUUUUUGCAGCUGUUUGAAGUUUGUAUAUUUUCCGUACUGCAGAGCUUACACAGCCAUUGAAGACGAAUGUUCGAUAUUUGAGUUGUCUUAUCCUGUGUUUAGAGGUUGUUUUGUGCAUAUCUCGGUGUUCCUCAACCAAAUAAAUAAAUCAUAUUCCCAGCA